GUCAGCCAGGCUUCCUGUUUGCAACCUUCACCGGCCCAUUAGAACGGGGGGAACGUCGGGGAGAGGGGCAUCGUCUGCCGGCGGCUCACCCCGCUGUGUCCCGGCCACUCCUCAAGGAGGUGAGGCUGGAACCACCAGGAGCUGCUCCUAAAAGGCCUUUUUUGGCUCCACUUCACAGCUGGGGGUGUUACCAAGAGCCCGCGGGAGGAGGAACACACAGAGCUUUUCUUGUCCUGUGCUGCUGUGCCCGGAUCCUACCCCAGCUCCUCGGGAAUGCCACGACUGUGAGGCAGAGCCUGGCGCUGCCAGGGGUGCUGGAGGAAGGCUGGAGCUGGAGGGAUGGCCGAGGGUGGCCAGGCAGGGGUCCCGGCUGAGGGGGGACCGAGGGGUGCCCCUGACAGCCCCCAGCACAGUGAGGGAGAGGAAGGCUGCUGUGACUCCCUUUCUUCCUGCUCCUGCCCCAUUUCCAAGCCCCCUGAGCAGCUCCUGCAGGAUGUGGCUGAGCCCAGGGAGGAUGUGGGGAGUGAGGGCCUGGCAGCCACCACAAGCCCAGGCAAUGUGGAGGACACGUAUGAGCUGCUGGAGAAGCUGGGCAGUGGCCACUUUGGCGUGGUGAGGCUCUGCCGUGAGCGCAGCACCGGCACCUUCUACGCCGCCAAGCUGGUGAAGCUGCACCGGGGCGGCCGCCUGGGGCUGGAGCGGGCACAGGUGGAGCGGGAAGUGGCCAUCCUCCGCCAGCUCGACCACCCCAACAUCAUGCAGCUCCACGACCUCUUCAGCAGCAGAGCCGAGGUGGUGCUCAUCCUGGAGCUGAUCAGUGGUGGGGAACUCUUUGACUUCAUUGCGGAGAAGGAGAUGCUGUCAGAGGAGGAGGCCAUCGAGUUCCUGGGGCAGAUCCUGUGCGGGGUGGAAUAUCUGCACGCCCGCCGCAUCGCACACUUCGACCUCAAGCCUGAGAACAUCAUGCUGCGUGAGAAGGAUGUCCCCAAGCCCUGGGUCAAGAUCAUCGACUUCGGGCUGGCCCAGCAGCUGGAGGAUGGCAUCACUUUCAAGAGCCUCUGUGGGACCCCCCAGUACAUCGCUCCUGAAGUGAUCAAUUAUGAACCGCUGAGCCCUGCGACUGACAUGUGGAGCAUUGGAGUCAUCACCUACAUUCUGCUCAGUGGCCUGUCCCCCUUCCAGGGUGAGACGGAUGCUGAGACGCUCUCCAAUGUCGUGGCUGGUGCCUACGAGUUUGAGGAGCGCUGCUUCAGCCAGGCCUCCGAGAUGGCCAAGGACUUCAUCCGCCAGCUGCUGGUGAAGGAGCCAGAGCGCCGCAUGACAGCAGCGCAGUGCCUGGUGCACCCCUGGAUCAAGCCCCUGAGCAGGAAGCAGGCGCUGAGCCGGAGCCGUUCCUCCAUCAACAUGAGAAACUUCCGCAAGUUCAACGCCCGGAGGAAGUGGAAGCUCUCCUACAACACCGUGUCCGCCUGCAACCGGCUGUGCCGCACGCGGCUGCUCUGCGACCUCAGGAAGGAGGACGAGGAGCUGCGCUGCUGUGAGAGUGACCAAGAGGAGGAGAGGAGCCCUCACAUCGCUCUGCUGCGCCGGCGGAGAAGCAGCUGCUCCUGAGCUCCUCCAAAAAAAAGACAGGACCCCUGAGAGAGGAGUCUUGGGGGUCUCCCCAUCGCCCCAUCCAAGGGGGCAGGGGCACUGCCCAGCCCCAGUGCUCCCAGUUCCGUGGUAUUGGAGGUCACUGGGACAUCAGCACCCCACUCCUGCCCCCAGGUUUUGCUGCAGUGGAGCUCGUGCUGCCCCAGGGCUGGGACCCUCCAACCUGCUUUGUCCUAGUGAGAAAAAUAAAUGUCACCUCCUCCUCUACCCUCUUCUGCUUCUCCUUCCCCUUAAGGAUGGCUCGUCACAGCCAGGCAGGUGCUGACGGCCCGCAGCUUCCUCUCUCCCUGUAGGACUGCUGUUCUGCGGGGACCCCAGAGCCGGGGGCUCCUGGCACCCCAGAUUCACCCUGCGAGGCAAAGAGACCCUUAAGUUG